CAUCUGCUUAUGGGAAAUCAUUUUUUAUCUGCUCGAUCAUCUGGAAUGCUCCAAGCUGUUUAUAUUAUCGGUGCAUUGGAUGCGCAAUUGCAAAACUCUUUCGUAUCUCAAGACGAAGUCGUCGAUCGCGUCUGCAAUUCUUCUCCACACAAAAUCUCAAUUUUCGCCGCUAAUUCUCUCUUAACAUCUCGGAACAAUAACAACCUUCGUGACUCGUGGUCUUUUGCUUUCCCGUUAAAGUAAAAUUGAACGAAAAGCAAAAGUCAGAAGAUAGGAGCUCUAUACGACUAGAACUGUGAAAAAGCGAAUCUGAGCAGAAUAAAAAAAAAAACACCUCGAACAUCUCCAUCCCUCCUUAUUUUUAUUUACAUUAAUUCCGUUUAGAUAAAACCAUUGCAAGAAUGCAUAAUUUUAAUAUACAUCUAUAUUUUUCAGUUGUCCGAUUUUCUCUUUGCAUAUAAUACUUCACCCUACUGUACUUCACAUUAGUUAUGCUUUCCAUUCUUGACAAUUACCCUCCACGUAAAUGCUCUUAACUUUGACGUAUCUUCGGAUGGAUCUAUAUAAAAAUCUGUUUUUUUUUUUUUUAAAUCCAAGUUUCGCAUCAAAGCUUUCGUCCAUCGGCGAUGAAAGAUGUAGAAAAACAUCCACUUGACAAAAAGAGCUUCGACGAAGCUCUUUGAUCAUGGUCGCAGGCCUUUAAAGAGUGCUUCGCCUCGUCCCAUGAUAUUCCUAAGAUCCAAACGCGCAGCAGGUGCACCUCGUGCGCGCAUGCGCACAUAGAGCCUCGCGCCUAUGUUACGCGCCGUUAGUCGCACCGACAUUCACGAGAGGAAAGUUCGUUCCUGGCCGAUCCAGCAGUCGUAGUCUACAAAAGAAGGCGGAUUGGAGAGGCCUGUUUCCUUUCGAGUUGCGGAAGAGUUUCCGGAAGGGUUUCCCUGGGCUCGAGGAUGUUUCGGGAGGGCCACUAUCUGGAGGUGAUCAAGGUAAUAGCAACAGCUGUUCGUAGGAAUCUACAGGCGCUCUAGAUAUCCGCCGAGCCACGUGCGCGCCGCGAGUGACGUCUGAAUAGAGAAAAAGAGAGGGAGAAAGAAGUAUACCUCGGGGCAUUUACGUGCAUUGGGUGCAUUUACGUACAUUUAGGUGCAUUAAUGCACAUUUAUGUAAAUAUUUACGUACAUUUACGUAUGUACUCGCUCAUGUAUAUGCACUUGCAGGUUGCCGAGAACUGCGCGGCGAUGAUUGUGAUCACCGUGCAAGAGAAGAUCGUCGAAAUUCGGGAUAAAAAAGUCUCGACGAACAAGUGGCUGGACGUGGGGGAUUGGGCGGAGAUUUACGAGAUCCUGCAGAAAGCUCUUCUUCGGGAUCGACAGGCCGCCCCGGCGGAUCGCUCGCGCGCUCGCGCUAGAAGGAAAUCCACAAAAAAUCUGGAGAUUAAGUACACCUUUGAAGCAUCCGCGGCUCGCGACGACAAGGCGUCUCCGUUGCCCACGAUCAGGGUGGAGGUAUCCCCGGCGAAGCGAAAACGAAGGGCGAAAUCCUCGUCCGAAAAGUGCGAGGAGGUACAGCGCGAGGAUAGCAAGACUCGCGAGGUGGGAAAAGACGAGAAGAACCGCGAGGAGCGAGUGGGAAUGUCGUCAGAGAGCUCUCCGACGAGGAGCCAGGAGAAGAAACCGCUAAUCUCGGCGGUGGCUCCUUGGGCUCCAGACGUGGAGGAGUAUGUUCCUGGUAAAGUGUCGACGGGAGGGAUCAGGAUCGACCUGAGCUACGUCCCAAGUAAAAAGAGCUCAUUGCAAGGAACCGUGAACGCGGAGUCCUCGAACGAGUACAUACCCUCGUUGUCGACGGCUACUUCUUACGGGGACCUUUUGCGUUACGUGCCGAACUCGAUUUCGACCGCCAACCAGGGGACCCACGAGGUUUACGAACCCCGGUCUACCUCCACGGUUGACGAGACGUUCCACGUCUACGUCCCCAGCUCGAAAAACGCGGAAGGGACCGUUGAAGAGUACGAGCCCGACUUCACCUCCGCCAGUAAAUCGAUGAAGUUCGACGACAGUUAUGUGCCUUCCAGCACGGGAAACGCGACCAGGUCGAAGAGACCGUCGAAGAGGAAAAGCUCCAAGCACCGCGGCGAGCGGGAGAAAAAGCUGACGAAGAAGCUCAGCUCCUCUCUGGUGUCGGACGAAAAGCGGGAAACGUAAAAUCGGGUUUAAAAGCCAGGUAGAUACCCAAAAUCUGGGCGGUGGAAGCUACUCUGCGAGCACAGGUGGCGACCGUACGUUAGGAAGGAGACGAAUGAUACGAAGGAACCUUCCAGGGUGAAACGGAUAAUGUUGUAAGUACUACAACGGGAGAAGAUAACGGUCAUCACGGAAGCCACGUCUUCUGCUGGAAUAGGACAUGAUAAAGAAACUUAAGAUAUUUACAUUGAACACUCAGAGACGCUUAAGACACUGUGGAGUAUUGAAAAACAGUCGUUACUUUAUAUACACGGAAUCGUUGUACGUACACCCUUUCUUUCCAUCCUCGCGAAUUUUACCCCGGAUGGGAGGAAAGAGGCAAAAUGCGACUUACGAACACGAGCUUAACGUCCUUUCUGUU